AUGGAAGCUAGAAAUAAGUCACACUUCAAACUACCUUUCCCAGCAAUACGUGGACAUAGAAGUACCCUCACAGACGAAUGCUUGAAGUAUCUGCGCGUCUCGUCAUCUCCAGAACGCUGCCCCCGAGCUGCACGGACGCCCGUUCGGGCCCACGAGCGGCUGCUCGGCGGGGACGCCUGUGGCCCCGAUGAUCUCGGAGCCCACGAGGUCGUUGUCCUUGACGACGAACUGGACCUCGGAGGCCCGGUGGGCCACGGGGACGUGGAAGUGCUGGGCCCACACGGGGUUCUCGUUGUCCUUGAUCACGAAGGUUCGGGCGAGGACGGCGUUGGAAACGGAGACGGUCACGUAGGGGUCGCUAGUCUGGAUUUUGCCAGAGAGGCUGCCGAAGAGGUUGCCCAUGCUGUGGUUGAGGAGGUCCAUGUUGGGGAGGUGGAGGCGAAGGGAGCCGUCCGAGGAGGUGCGGAAAGGGACGUGCUGCUUCACGGCCUGACCGUGGACAGGUAUUUAGGAAGCACCAAAAAGAGAUACAUCUGCAGAUACAAGAAUUGUUCCAACACAGAAAUGAAGAACUGCAAUAUAUCACGGGAUAACCGAUUAGCCAUUAUGCCGGAUAGAGGAGUAGCAUCUGAUACACAGUAA